CGGGGUCCUGGCAGCGGCUGUGUGUCACGGUGGUUUCUGGGAGUCGGUCUUUCCGCAGUCGGCCCUGGGACAGGCAAGAUGGGCAAGUGCCGUGGUCUUCGUACAGCAAGAAAGCUCCGUAACCACCGACGUGAGCAGAAAUGGCACGACAAGCAGUACAAGAAGGCCAACUUGGGGACUGCUCUGAAGGCUAACCCUUUUGGAGGUGCUUCCCAUGCUAAAGGAAUCGUCCUGGAAAAAGUUGGUGUUGAGGCUAAGCAGCCAAACUCUGCCAUCAGGAAAUGCGUCAGAGUGCAAUUGAUCAAGAACGGCAAGAAAAUUACAGCUUUCGUACCAAAUGACGGUUGUCUGAACUUCAUUGAGGAAAACGAUGAAGUGUUGGUUGCUGGAUUUGGUCGUGCUGGUCAUGCCGUUGGUGACAUUCCUGGUGUGCGAUUCAAGGUCGUCAAAGUAGCCAAUGUUUCCCUGUUGGCUUUGUACAAAGGCAAGAAGGAGAGACCAAGAUCAUAAACAUGUUCAUCUACUUCAAUGUUUAAUAAACCUUGUUCACAAA